AUGGCUGGUGAUAAGCCGUGGCCGCAGGUGCCUGUGAGCAACAAAAGCCACACAGAGGCCGCUGUAGUCAUCAUUGGAGGUGGCAUCUCAGGCAUGUGUACCGCCAUCGAUCUGAUCAAGAGAAACAACUGCAAGAAUUUCAUCAUCAUUGAAAAGAGUGGAGGGCUCGGGGGCACCUGGAGGGACAACAAAUAUCCUGGAUGCUGUUGUGACGUCUGGUCGCAUCUAUACAGCUUUUCAUUCGAGCAGAAUCCCGACUGGACACGGGAAUACCCUGGUCAAGAAGAGAUCCUGGAAUAUCUCAUGGGCGUUGCUCAGAAGUACGAACUUUACCGGUACACCCGCCUCAACACCGCGGUCGAUGCAGCCAAAUGGGAUGAUGUGACGAAGAAGUGGAAGACCACCGUAACAGUGCAAGGAGGUAAAGAUGCCGAGUUUGGGAGCACAUACACCAUCACCUCGGAUUUCCUGGUCUCCGCCGUUGGACAGUUGAAUGUCCCCAAGAUGCCAGACAUCCCAGGCCUGGAUGACUUCCGAGGCAAACUUAUGCACAGCGCUCGCUGGGACUGGAGUUAUGACCUUCGGGGCAAGAAAGUUGCAAUCAUCGGCAAUGGAGCGACCGCCGCACAGAUUAUUCCCGAGAUCGUCAAGGAGGUCUCCCAUCUCACCAUCCACCAAAGAACUCCCAACUGGGUCAUCCCCCGACUCGAUGCUCCCAUCCCAGAAUGGAAGCGAUCUUUGUACCGCUAUCUUCCAUUGGUCCGGUGGCGAAAGCGAGCCGACAUGAUGGAUUUCCGGGAAGGCUUCUUUGAUGCUGUUUUCAACCACUCAUCCCCGACGGCACAAUUCAUCGAGUCGCAAAGUAUCGAGCACAUGCAUCGCCAACUUUCCAACAGACCAGACCUGUGGGAAAAGCUGCAGCCAAAAUACGCAGUUGGGUGUAAACGAGUUAUCAUCUCGGACGAUUACUUCCCAGUUUUCCUUCGAGACAAUGUCAAGCUGGAGACCGGAAAGAUUGAGAGGAUCACUGAGAAGGGCAUUGUCACCGAUGGCCAUGAAGAAGAAUACGACCUCAUUAUUCUGGCCACGGGAUUCCGCACUGUGGAAUUUAUGCAUCCCAUCAACAUCAUUGGGCGCAAUGGACGCACUCUUUCGGACAUCUGGAAGGAGGGCGGACAAGCACUAUACGGUGUCACGGUAGAGAGCCUGCCCAACUUUGGCAUGCUGUAUGGGCCUAACACCAACCUCGGCCACAACAGCAUCAUUCUCAUGAUUGAGGCUCAAAGCAAAUACAUCAAUGCACUGAUCCACGAGGUGCUAGAGGCGCGGAGACACGGUGGCACUCUGGUCAUCGAGCCGAACUCGAAGAGAGUCCAAGAAUUCAACCAACAGAUUCAGUCAGAGCUGGAAAAGAGCAGUUUCGCCGAUCCCAAUUGCAACAGCUGGUACAAGAAUGAGAGUGGGAAGAUCACCAACAACUGGAGCCGGAAUGUUGUGGAAUAUCAAAAGCUUCUCAGCCAGGUCGACUGGUCCGACUACGACCUUUCCGGUACAGAUGCAGAAAGAUUGGCCAAGAAACACUCGACUUAUCUCGGCCGGGUCGUAGAAGAGACCAAAGUCAGUUACCCAACAAUGGCAUUGACGGCUCUAAGCUUGGCUGCCGUGGGUGCAGGAGUCUUCUUGCGAAACACAGGCAGGCUGCGACUGCCAUAG